AUGACAAGAAACUUGGUACCCGAGCUCCUGAAGCUCGAGUACUGCUCAGCGGAACUGAAAAUUGCCCCCACACUUAAACCAUCUGUUACCCACAAUACCCAACCAAGAACAGAGCAAAACAUACCCACAAACCAAACCUCUCAAUCUCGCUAUCUCCCUCUCUCAAUCUCGCUAUCUCCCUCUCAAUCUAAAGCUAUUUCCACACAAAUACUCUCAUUCUGCCUCUCAAUCUCGCAAAUACUCCCAUUCUCCCUCUCAAUCUCGCGAUCUGCUUCAUUCUCCGUCUCCGUCUCGCUCUCGGUCUCCCUCUCACAAGACAGUUUAGCCUCAGUAUAUGCACUUUAUCUUUGCAAUCAAGUAGAGUUAAAUACACUGGUUCUUCUACUUGAUGUCAGAGAAUUAGAGGGUGUGAUGUGUCAAGAAUCAUUUCGGAAAAGGCCAUUGGAACAAAAUGAGCAUGCCUACCUUAGUUUGGGUGCAAAGCAGCGAAGAAUAUGUGAGGAAAUGAAUUCUAUUAAACAACAGCCUUACUUCAUGACUAAUGGUGGCUUCAGUACUAAAUCAAUGAAAGAGACUGAAAUUUCAAUCACUGGUCCAGAAGAUUCAGGACAAACUGAACUUCAGUCUCAAAACAAUUCCAGCUGCCAAAAUAAAUCACUGGCUGCACAGCAGACUAGAUUUUUAUGAUUCAUGUUGUUACUUUCAAAAAUUGAAAAUAACCCAGCUGCUAAAGUACAGUUGAAUAAAGUUUUUUUUAUUUUAAUUUUAUGUCUUGGCCUUUUCAAGUUCCAAUGAAUGACAAUUCCUUGUUCAUUUCUUUUCUCAGAACCCCAAGUUCUGGUAAUGAAAUUUUAGGACGAUUUGAAAUUCUGGGUUUUGUGAAUUUUUCAAGAAAGCAGUGUGUGAGGCGGCUCCAACUAAGAAAGCAGACUCAGCUGCAAAGAGGGCUCGUGAAGCUGAGAAAAGGCGCAUCUACAACAAAUCCCGCAAAUUUGAAAUCAAGACCCGCAUGAAGAAGGUGCUUAUUAUACAUUCUUGUAAAGAGGACUAUGUUUAAUUCUAUUUUUGUUGUGGGCUCGCACUUUAUCUGGUUUUAGGAUAGUUUUUAUGUUCGAUUGUUCAGUAAAAGGCUUCUAGAUAUCAGUGAUGAUAUAAUGAUAUUAGAGCUAAUGAGCUCUGGCUCGAAUGGCUUCUUCCCUUCUAAGAGCAAGGUAGGGGGUGUGGUUGUGGGUUCAAGACCCAUACAAGGUGUGUGUGUAAAUUACCAAUAUAUAGAAAAAUUAAUGGUAUAAUGAUGUUUUAUAUAUUAUUUCAAACUGAAAUUUUCCUUUUAGAUUAUGAAGCUAUGUAUCAAAUCAUCUUGAUAUGAAACUUCUCUUUUUGUUUAAGAAUCAUUAACAGGGUCACGAUAAAGAUCAAAGAUCUGCUUUUCUUCAAAUUAGUGUGAUCUAUCUACUAUAACAUGAAAGGCACUUCCUCCUAUCAACAUUGGUAGCCUGACGAUUCUCAGCACAACUUUGGAGACCUAAAUUCUUAUGUUUUUUAUUUCUUGUUUUUGUUGUUGUUCUUCUUCUAUAUUUCAUGUGUGGUUAAACUAAAUCAAAUAAAAGGGUAAAGUUUAUGCACAAUAUGUUAGGUGCUUAGGUGCAAUAUAUGUU